UUACUUAAUACGCGCUUCAGUGCACAUCGACCCAACUCGACUUAUCGGACGUUCUGGUAGUUUGUUCUUUUCAUUUCAUGAGCUUUCGAUCUUGAAGAAGUUCCCUAUAGCCCCGAAAUGACUGAGAGUAAAAACAGUCGUGCCGGUAGCACGAGUUCGAUUGGAUCAUCUCAAUUUGGCCUAGAAGCUAUUUUAAUUCGUAUUGGAAUAUUUGGAAAGUAUCAACUAAUAAACUACUUGCUAAUAUGCAUUCCUAUGCUAUUUCGUGGAAUCUUCAUCGAAUCUUACAUAUUUCUUGCAAGUUCUGUUGUUUUUCGGUGUCGCGUACCAGAAUGUGAUGGCCCAAACAGUAUAUACAAUGAACCAUGGACAGAAUUUUCGAUACCAAGAACUUCCAGUGGAGAUUUGAGUGAUUGUUAUCGAUAUGUUCCAUACAAUCGAAGUGAUGUUUGCACUGUUCAAAAUUUUGAUCAGAAUGCACAAGAAAAAUGUGAAAUGGAUUUUAUAUUUCGUGAUAAAGAACUGACCAUAUCCAAUGAUUUUGGAAUAUAUUGCUCUGAUGAAUGGAAACUAUCGAUGGUUGGAACAGUACAUAAUCUUGGAAAAUUUGUUGGAAUUCCAUUGGGCGGAUAUUUUUCAGAUAGGUAUGGUCGCCGCACAAUUUUGGCUAUUGGAGGCUUUCUUAGUGCCAUUGUCGGAGUCGUUCGAUCAUUCUCACUAAGCUACUACAUGUUCCUCGCAUUUGGAUUUCUCGACAAUGUUUUCAGUGCAACACUUUAUGCUACAGUCUUCAUUCUAGGACUCGAGUUAGUCGGACAAAAAGCUCGUGUUUUAAGUUGUUCCCUACUCACAGUUUGCACUGUUUUUGGAAAAGUUCUUCUAGCAAUUGUGGCGAAAUCUUAUCCAAAUUGGAGAACAAUACUUCAAAUUUUCUACACUCCAGCUCUAGCUCAUAUUAUCUUGCUUUGGACACUUCCCGAGAGUGUUCGAUGGUUACUAUCUCAAGGUGAAGAAGUGAAGGCUGCGAAAAUUCUUCACACUGCUGCCAGAGUUAACAAACGAAAACUAUCCGAUCCAACUGUUGAACGAUUGCUCGUUGAUAAUCGCCAGAAAUUAUCUGAAGAAAAAAGUACAUUCCCGAUUCGUCAAGCUUUUACAUCAUUAUUUUGGCGAAUUAUUAGUUGUGCAAUGGUUUGGUUCACACAUGUUUUGGUCUAUUAUGGUUUGAGUUUGAAUUCAAUAUCACUUGGAGGAAAUAAGUAUGACAACUUUAUGUAUAUGUCAUUGAUUGAAAUUCCUGGACUUGUUUUGCCAUUUUGGACAAUGGAUCGAUAUGGUAGAAGAUAUUCAUUAUUUGGAUGUUUGAUUGUUUGUGGAAUUUGUUUAGCGGCGACGAUUUUUGUCGAAACUGAAUUGUUUGGUCUUCAGUUGGCACUAUUUUUAAUUGGAAAAAUGGCUAUCACCGCUUCUUUUCAAGUUUUGUAUUUUUACACAUCCGAAAUAUUUCCAACAAAUGUACGAAAUAGUUUGUUGUCGUUUUGUUCGAUGUUUGGACGAUUUGGCUCGAUGUUGGCACCACAAACUCCUCUUUUGGCAAAAUACUUUCAAUCUGGUCCAGCAAUCCUAUUUUCAACAUUUGCUGUUAUAUCAGCUUUUGUGGCUUUGUCAUUCCCUGAAACAACUGAUGCUGUUUUGCCAACAACUAUGCAUGAAGCUGAAGAUAUUGGUCAUAAACCAAAACACAAAGAUGUUGAAAACAAUAAUUUAACACCAGAAAGUAGAAAUUAUAGAGUAUCUUUAUCCAGCUCGGGUCCAUAGAACAAUUUUUGAAUAUUUCAUUUUUUUGGAAAUAUAUUUAUUAAGUAAAAUAGAUAGAAAGAUAUAAUUAUACAAAUUAUUUACAUAAUAAACAUUAAAUUUGUUUGCACUUUA